AUGACCCUCACAGCCAAUAGGCAAGAAGAAUUUGCCAGCCCCGCUCCAGGCCCUCGUGGACCAAUCCUAAGGAAUAAAAAGUUCCACCUUGAGGCCGAGGCGGCCCCACAAAUUGGAACACCUGGAAGCUCACGCCCCGCCUCUCUUCACCCCUCACGUCGCCCCCGCCCGUGGAGCCAUUCUCCAGGAGCUCCGCCCGGGCUCGCUCCGUUGCUGGGACCUCGCCAGUACCUCCCGGACUUCCCGCCCUCCAGCUGCUCAAGACACCGGAUUCCUAACUCCUCCGCCUCCUCCUUCCCUAUCCCUGCCCCUCGGGACUCGGCCGCCGACCCCAUGGCAGUAGCUGAGCUGUACACGCAGUACAAUAGGGUUUGGAUACCUGAUGCUGAAGAAGUUUGGAAAUCAGCUGAAAUAGCAAAGGACUAUAGAGUUGGAGAUAAAGUUCUUCAUAUUUUACUAGAAGAUGGAUCUGAACAGGAUUAUUCUGUUGAUCCAGAAACUCUUCCACCAUUACGAAAUCCUGAUAUACUUGUGGGAGAGAAUGACCUCACAGCACUUAGUUAUCUUCAUGAACCUGCUGUCCUCCAUAAUCUCAAAAUUCGUUUUGCUGAAUCCAAACUAAUUUAUACCUACAGUGGAAUUAUUUUGGUUGCCAUGAACCCUUACAAAGAGUUACCAAUCUAUGGAAAUGCUAUUAUUCAUGCUUAUAGUGGGCAGAACAUGGGAGAUAUGGAUCCACAUAUAUUUGCUGUGGCAGAAGAAGCAUAUAAGCAAAUGGCCAGAAACAACAAGAAUCAGUCAAUAAUUGUGAGUGGAGAGUCAGGGGCUGGUAAGACAGUGUCAGCUCGCUAUGCUAUGAGAUACUUUGCUACAGUCAGCAAAUCAAGCAGUAAUGCCCAUGUGGAAGAUAAAGUGCUGGCUUCCAAUCCUAUAACUGAGGCUGUUGGAAAUGCCAAGACCACACGAAAUGAUAACAGCAGUCGGUUUGGAAAAUAUACAGAAAUCAGCUUUGAUAAAAGGAAUCAAAUUAUAGGAGCCAACAUGAGAACUUAUCUUUUGGAGAAAUCCAGAGUUGUCUUCCAAUCAGAGAAUGAACGCAAUUACCACAUUUUUUAUCAACUUUGUGCCUCAGCACUACAGCCUGAAUUUAAACACCUUAAAUUAGUGAGUGCAGAAGAAUUUAAUUAUACAAAAAUGGGAGGGAAUACCAUAAUUGAAGGAGUGAAUGACAGAGCAGACAUGAUAGAGACACAGAAGACAUUCACAAUGCUAGGUCUGAAGGAGGAUUUUCAAAUGGAUGUGUUUAAGAUCCUGGCAGCUAUCCUUCAUCUUGGCAAUGUGCAGGUCACCGCAGUGAGCAAUGAGAGGUCCUCAGUGAGAGAGGAUGACAGCCAUCUGAAUAUAUUUUGUGAACUCCUAGAUGUGGACAGUGGCAGUAUGGCUCAGUGGCUAUGUAACCGCAAAAUUAUCACUACCUCAGAGACUGUGAUAAAACCCAUGACCAAACUUCAAUCUCUAAAUGCCAGGGAUGCUUUGGCCAAAAAGAUCUAUGCUCACUUGUUUGACUUCAUUGUGGAAAGGAUUAACAGAGCGUUGCAGUUUUCAGGCAAGAAACAUACUUUCAUUGGAGUUUUGGACAUUUAUGGUUUUGAAACCUUUGAUGUGAACAGCUUUGAACAGUUUUGCAUCAAUUAUGCUAAUGAGAAACUGCAGCAACAAUUUAACCUGCAUGUCUUCAAACUUGAGCAAGAAGAAUACAUGAAAGAAGACAUUCCUUGGACUUUGAUAGACUUUUAUGACAAUCAACCAGUCAUUGAUCUGAUUGAAGCCAAAAUGGGCAUUUUGGAGUUACUAGAUGAAGAGUGCUUGUUACCACAUGGAACAGAUGAAAAUUGGCUCCAAAAACUCUAUAAUAAUUUUGUCAACAAGAAUGCUUUAUUUGAAAAGCCUAGAAUGUCAAACACGUCCUUCAUCAUCCAACAUUUUGCUGAUAAGGUAGAGUAUAAAUGUGAAGGAUUCCUCGAGAAGAACAGAGAUACAGUAUAUGAAGUGUUGGUUGAAAUCCUGAGAUCAAGCAAGUUUCCUCUCUGUGCUAGCUUUUUUCAAGAAAACCCAAGUCCUUCUCCCCCCUUCAGUUCAGCUAUCACAGUCAAAUCUGCUAAGCAAGUGGUCAAGCCAAAUAACAAGCAUUUCCGGACAACAGUUGGCAAUAAGUUUCGAAGCUCUUUGUAUUUGCUGAUGGAGACACUCAAUGCAACCACGCCUCAUUAUGUAAGAUGCAUAAAGCCAAAUGAUGAGAAAUUACCCUUUGAGUUUGACUCCAAAAGAAUUGUUCAGCAGCUACGAGCCUGUGGAGUUUUAGAAACAAUUCGCAUCAGUGCUCAGAGCUAUCCUUCCAGGUGGACAUACAUAGAGUUCUAUAGCCGUUAUGGAGUUCUCAUGACUCAGCAGGAACUUGCCUUCAAUGAUAAGAGGGAAGUUUGCAAAGUGGUUUUACACAGACUAAUCCAGGACUCUAACCAGUAUCAGUUUGGUAAAACAAAAAUUUUCUUCAGAGCAGGACAGGUGGCCUAUUUAGAAAAACUCCGGUUGGAUAAACUGAGGCAAGGGUGUAUUAUGAUACAAAAGCACAUCCGAGGCUGGCUCCAGAGAAAGAAAUUCCUCCGAGUGAGAAAAGCUGCCGUGACAAUACAGCAAUACUUUCGUGGACAGCAAACUGUAAGGAAACCUAUCUCUGCCAUAGCCUUGAAAGAAGCAUGGGCAGCCAUCAUCAUUCAGAAACACUGCCGCGGUUAUCUUGUCCGUAACCUUUACUAUCUCAUUCGUGUAGCUACUAUAACAAUACAGGCUUAUUCUCGAGGAUUCCUAGCAAGGAAGAAGUAUCGAAAGAUGUUGGAAGAACACAAGGCUGUAAUCCUUCAGAAAUAUGCCCGGGCCUGGCUGGCAAGACGCAGAUUCCAGAAUAUCCGGCGAUUUGUUCUAAAUAUCCAACUUUCUUAUAGGGUACAACGCUUGCAGAAAAAGCUAGAAGAUCAGAACAAAGAAAAUCAUGGAUUAGUGGAAAAAUUAACCAGCCUGGCAAGCACUCAUGCCAACGAUAUGGAAAAGAUUCAGAAACUUGAAUCAGAUCUUGAAAAAUUAGUCAUCCAAAAGCGAACAUGUGAAGAGAAAGGAAAGAAGCACAAGGAAGUUAUGGAAGAGAAAUUGGCUACUCUUCAGACAUAUAACAAAGAGUUGGAAAUACAAAAUGAGAAGAUAGAAAAGAAGCUUCAAGAAAAGACUGAGGAAAUGAAAGAUAAAAUGGAAGCCCUCACAAAGCAGCUUUUUGAUGAUGUACAGAAAGAAGAAAGACAAAGAAUAAUUCUUGAGAAAAGUUUUGAGCUGAAAGAACAAGACUAUGACAAACAGAUUCACUCUUUGAAGGGAGAAAUUAAGACUCUAAAAGAAGAGAAAAUGCAACUCCAGCAUCAAAUGGAGGAAGAGCAAAACAUUUCCAGUGGCUUGAAGGGAGAAGUGGCCCACCUGACUAAGCAGACAAAGAUGAUUGGUGAAUUCCAGAAGGAGAUAGAACUACUUCAGACACAGAAGAUAAACGUGGAGAAACAUGUCCAGUCACAAAAACGAGAAAUGAGAGAAAAAAUGUCAGAAAUUACCAGGCAACUUCUGGAAAGCUAUGACAUUGAAGAUGUAAGAAGCAGACUUUCUGUGGAAGAUUUGGAACAUUUAAAUGAAGAUGGAGAACUUUGGUUUGCAUAUGAAGGCCUAAAGAAAGCAACAAGAGUGUUGGAGAGCCAUUUCCAGUCUCAGAAGGAGAACUAUGAAAAAGAGAUUGAAGCGCUGAACUUUAAAGUCGAGCACCUCAGUCAAGAAAUUAACCAUUUACAAAAAUUGUUUAGGGAAGAAAAUGAUAUCAAUGAGAGCAUCCGUCAUGAAGUUACCAGACUGACCUCUGAAAACAUGAUGAUUCCAGACUUUAAGCAGCAGAUUUCAGAACUUGAGAAGCAGAAACAUGAUCUUGAAAUCCAUCUAACUGAACAGAGUGAAAAAAUGAGAGGAAAAAUAGAGGAGCUAUCUAGUCAGUUACACCGCAAUCUGGAAGAAGAAGGCACACAAAGGAGAACCAUGGAAGUCCAGAAUGAAAUACACACCAAAGAAAAAGAGAAAUUGAUCAGCACCAUUAGGGAAAUGCGAGAAACCAGUGAUCACUUGAAGAAAAAAUUUGAAACAGAAAGUGAAGUAAAGAGCAGUUUCAAGCAAGAAGCCUCUCGUCUCAAUAUGGAAAACAAGGAUCUUGAGGAAGAAUUAGAUAUGAAGGAUAGAAUAAUUAAAAAGCUGCAAGAUCAGAUCAAGACUCUCACCAAGACAAUGGAGAAAGCUAAUGAAAUAUAUACUUCUUCGGAACCCAAGGAGUACAUAGGAAUGAUGGAGUAUAAGAAGGAAGAUGAAGUCAAGCUCGUGCAAAAUCUCAUUCUUGAUCUGAAGCCACGUGGUGUGGUUGUGAAUAUGAUUCCAGGCCUGCCAGCUCAUAUCCUCUUCAUGUGUGUACGUUAUGCAGACUCCCUAAAUGAUGCCAGCAUGCUGAAGUCCUUCAUGAAUGUUACCAUUAAUGGCAUCAAGCGGGUCACUAAGGAACAUUAUGAAGAUUUUGAGAUGCUGUCCUUUUGGCUUUCCAAUACAUGCCACUUCCUUAACUGCCUGAAACAGUACAGUGGAGAAGAGGAAUUUAUGAAGUAUAACACUCCACGUCAAAAUAAGAAUUGUUUGACGAAUUUUGACCUUUCAGAAUAUAGACAAAUUCUCAGUGAUUUGGCAAUACGGAUAUAUCAUCAAUUCAUGACUGUAAUGGAGAAUAAUAUUCAACCAAUGAUAGUACCAGGAAUGCUGGAAUAUGAAAGCCUUCAGGGAAUUUCUGGUUUGAAACCAACAGGAUUCCGUAAGCGUUCCUCCAGCAUUGACGACACAGAUGCCUACACCAUGACCUCUAUUCUGCAGCAACUCAGCUAUUUUUAUACUACCAUGUGUCAGAAUGGGCUGGACCAAGAGCUUCUAAAGCAGGCUGUAAAGCAGCUUUUCUUUCUGAUAGGAGCUGUCACCUUGAAUAGUCUCUUCCUUCGCAAGGACAUGUGCUCUUGUAGGAAAGGAAUGCAGAUAAGGUGCAACAUCAGCUACUUAGAAGAAUGGCUAAAAGAUAAGAAUUUGCAGAAUAGCACAGCUAAGGAAACUCUGGAACCUCUUUCUCAGGCUGCCUGGUUGCUUCAGGUCAAAAAGAUCACAGAUACUGAUGCCAAAGAAAUAUAUGAUCGCUGUACUUCUCUGUCUGCUGUACAGAUCAUAAAGAUCCUUAAUUCAUACACACCUAUAGAUGACUUUGAGAAAAGAGUGACUCCAUCCUUUGUCCGCAAAGUACAGGCUCUACUAAAUAGCCGAGAGGAUACAGGCCAGCUGAUGUUGGAUACCAAAUAUCUCUUUCAAGUCACAUUUCCCUUUAUUCCUUCACCGCAUGCUCUGGAAAUGAUAGAGAUCCCCAGCAGUUUCAAACUGGGCUUUCUCACAAGAUUAUAA